UUGUUGUGGAUUUUACCAUAAGCAUUAUGGGUACAGCAUGGGAUCGUUUCAUAAGGUAGCCGGAGGAGCUCCUUCCUGAGAGUAGCCUACGUUGUGCUCUGCUUUUAAAUUCAAAAUGCAACAUUUACUAUUGUGUUUAGCAUUUUCUGAUGCAUGAUGCAACGAAUUACGAGUUUUGCUACAUACCGUCAACUUGGAGGAAUUGCAACGCGUCAGUGCUUUGCCUGCCCUUGGAACAAGCAAUCACCCAAGCGGCCGCAGUAUUUUACGGAGGCAUGUAUGUUUAGUCUGUGGAGUACACGUCCCCUGGUCAAAGAUACAGUCUCAUUUAAUUGCGGCUUGUAUGAAGUCAGACGACAGAGUACGCCUUUCGCUUUCCAGAAUUACAGACAUUACUGCACGAGCGACAAUGACCGAAAGAGCAUUAAGGGGCAUCCAAACAUCUCCGUGGUUGGGAGUCCAGAUCCAUUUACGUGGAUCAUAAAUAAAGUAUUCAUUAUCUUAAUAGAACUUGUUUUUGAAUUGGGCCUUACCACUGUGGAUUUUGACAAUGGAGUGAAGCAGGCAUUGGUCCAUGUCUCCAACAUGAUGUCCAAUGGCAACUUUGAGGAACUAAGGGGUGUGGUGUCCAAUGAGACAGUGGACUAUGUCGAGAAGAAGUGCAAGACCCUAUCAGAAGCUCAGAGACAACAACUGGCUAUCUCUGUAGAUGACAUUUUAUUUCUGCUUCCAGAGGAUGUGUGUGUUGUCUUUGAUAGACGUGGUGGAAAAUCCUGCGUCAUAGAGAUGCGGUUCUGGUACCUGUCCAAAACCAAUGCUCCAGAUGAUCCAGAGAGUACCAAGAUCUUCAAAAUGGCUACCACAGAGGAUAGUGACAAAUCACAGAAAAUAGUGACAGCUGUCUAUGAGUUCCACCGGGACCUGACCAAGGGGGCAGAUUCAAACUGGACCAUCACCAACAUCUGGCACUGGGACUGGGGAAUACCAUUAAAAGAGUGAUUACUACACAAGCCUUAAGAGCAUCUUAAUUAUUAAGAUAUAUCAUCAAACUAUUGGUUUAUAGUAAGGUGAAAUUGUAUAUCAUCUACACACUGGAAGAUAUUCAAACCUCCCCAAACAGUAUCCACUGACUGAAUUAUAUCAAAAGAUAGAUCUGCUGUUUAUUGAACACAGUGCUAACUUAUCUAUUGUAAACAAACAGAACCACAACUUGAAAAAUAAAGGUACCUCAUGACUCUGA